GGGGGGGCGUGGCGGCAGGGCGGGGCGAGCCAGACAAGACCUCAAAGAUCAUUCUAGUCCAACCCCUCGCUUUACCACGACGGAAGCGCUGGUUCUGACGUGUCGGGGCCUCACUGGGCCUCAGUCCGCGACGAGUCGGAGAGUCCCAGGCGCGAAGUCUCCGGCCCUGGAAGAGGGGUGCCCGGAGGUGCGAGAUGCAAGCGGGGAAGCCCAUCCUCUACUCCUAUUUCCGGAGCUCCUGCUCAUGGAGAGUUCGAAUUGCUCUGGCCUUGAAAAGCAUCGACUACGAGACCGUACCUAUCAACCUCAUAAAGGAUGGGGGACAGCAGUUCUCUGAAGAAUUCCAGGCACUGAAUCCAAUGCAGCAGGUGCCGGCCCUGAAGAUCGACGGAAUCACCAUUGGCCAGUCACUGGCCAUCAUUGAGUACCUGGAGGAAACUCGGCCCACUCCACGCCUCCUGCCGCAGGACCCGAAGAGGAGGGCCCAGGUGCGCGUGAUUUCCGAUGUCAUUGCCAGUGGCAUCCAGCCUCUGCAGAACCUGUCUGUCCUGAAGCAAGUAGGACAGGAGAACCAGCUGACCUGGGCCCAGAAGGUCAUCCACUCUGGCUUCAACGCUCUGGAGCAGAUCCUGCGGAGCACAGCAGGGAAGUACUGUGUGGGAGACGAGGUGUCCAUGGCUGAUCUCUGCUUAGUGCCUCAGGUGGCAAACGCUGAAAGGUUCAAGGUGGAUCUCACUCCCUAUCCUACCAUCAGCCGCAUCAACAAGACGCUGCUGGCCUUGGAGGCUUUCCAAGUGUCUCACCCCUGCCGGCAGCCAGACACACCGCCUGAGCUGCGGGCCUAGCUCCCCAGCUGUGCCCCAUGGGUGAGGGGGCAGGGAGGGGGUGCAGGAGCAGAAGCUGAGGGGGAUGCUGAACAGGCCUGGCAACAAGCAAGCCCUAACUGGAGAAGCAGGAGACCUGAACUCCUUGAACUUGGACUAUAGCCCUGGAUCCGCCUUCCCACUGAACCUCCUUGUGCCUCAGUCCCCUCAUCUGUCCAGUGUGGGUAGCAUGGGGGAGAGGAUGCUGGGAGGGAGGGAGGCAGGAACAUCACCGGUCAUCUAUGUCGUGGGGCAGUCGUGAAGAUGAGGUGAGAAUG